UCCCAUCGUGCUGAGGCGGGUGGUAUGGCGGAGAAGGAUGACACCGGAGUUUGACGAAGAGGUGGUUUUUGAGAAUUCUCCACUUUACCAGUACCUACAGGAUUUGGGACACACAGAUUUUGAGAUAUGUUCUUCUUCGUCACCAAAACCAGAAAAAUGCUUGACAACAGAGGGACCUCAGCCGCCUCCCACCAGAGUCCUACAGAGACAAGGCAUCCUGUUGAAACUGACAGAAACCAUCAAGAGCUGGACGUUUUCCUCUCAGCACAGUAAGAAAGAUGACUUACUCCAUAAGUUGGACACCGGGUUUCGGCUGGACUCACUGCAUACCAUCCUGCAGCAGGAAGUCCUGCUGCAAGAGGAUGUGGAGCUGCUCGAGCUGCUUGACGCCAGCAUCCUGUCUGCGGGGCAGCCUCAACAGGAAAGUGGACACCUUCCAACGCUCUGCUCCCUGGCAACCCCGAACACUUGGGAUGUCUCGCUGCUGUUUGCCUUCAUUAGUUUGCUCAUCAUGUUUCCCACGUGCUGGAUUGUGUCCUCCUGGCUGGUGUGGGGAAUAAUUCUAUUUCUUUACUUGAUCAUACGAGUUUUGAAAUUAUGGAGGACAGCCAAACUGCAAAUGACUCUGAAAAAAUAUAGGGUACGUUUGGAAGACAUGGCAGCCAAUAGCCGAGCCUUCACCAACCUUGUGAGAAAAUCACUGCGUCUCAUCCAAGAAACUGAAGUCAUUUCCAGGGGAUUUACUCUGGUCAGUGCUGCUUGCUCAUUUAAUAAGGCUGCACAGCAUCCCGGCCAGCAUCUCAUCGGCCUUCGGAAAGCCGUCUACAGGACCGUAAGAGCCAACUUUCAAGCCGCAAGGCUAGCUACCUUGUACAUGCUGAAAAACUACCCCCUGAACUCUGAGAGUGACAAUGUCACCAACUACAUCUGUGUGGUACCUUUUAAGGAGCUGGGGCUUGGACUCAGUGAAGACCAGAUCUCAGAAGAGGAAGCUCGUAACCUGACAGAUGGCUUCAGCCUGCCUGCCUUGAAGGUUUUGUUCCAGCUCUGGGUGGCACAGAGUUCAGAGUUCUUCAGACGCCUGGCCCUGUUACUUUCUACAGCGAAUUCGCCUUCAGGGCCCUUACUCACUGCUGCACUUCUGCCUCAUCAUAUCCUCUGUGACGUGACUCAAGGUCUACCUCAUGCUCACUCUGCCUGCUUGGAUGAGCUGAAGCGCAGCUAUGAGUUCUUCCGGUACUUUGAAACUCAGCACCAGUCAGUCCCCCAGCGCUUAUCCAAGACUCCGCAGAAGUCGAGGGAGCUGAGCAACGUCCACACAGCAGUCCGUAGCUUACAGCUCCAUCUGAAAGCACUACUGAAUGAAGUAAUAAUUCUUGAAGAUGAACUUGAAAAGCUCGUUUGUACUAAAGAAACACAAGAGCUGCUAUCGGAGGCUUAUCCGAUACUAGAGCAGAAAUUAAAACUGAUUGAACCACACGUUCAGGCCAGCAACAGUUGCUGGGAGGAAGCCAUUUCUCAAGUGGAUAAACUGCUCCGGAGGAACACAGAUAAAAAAGGCAAGCCUGGAGUAGCCUGUGAGAACCCACACUGCACCGCGGAGCCCUUGGUGCGGCCAGCUCUACACAUUGAGGACAGAGACCCCAUCCCUGAGGAGCAGGAAUUAGAAGCUUAUGUGGAUGACAUAGACAUAGAAAGUGAGUUCCGAAAGGACGAUUUCUAUCACUUGUCUCAGGAAGACAGAGAGAGACAGAAGCGCGAGCAGGAGGAGUCCAGGCGGGUGCUGCAGGAGCUGAAGUCUGUGCUGGGAUUUAAGGCUUCCGAGGCUGAGAGGCAGAAGUGGAAGCAGCUGCUGUUCAGUGACCACGAGUGGACCUUUAAUUGGAUACAUCAUGCUGGCCAUGGUGGCACUGUAAUCCCAGCAAGGUGGUUGAGGCAAGGAGGAUCAGGAGUCUGAAGCCAGCUGGGGCUGCACAGUGUGUUUGUGUGACCUAGCUACACAGCAGGACCCUUUCAGGGGGUGAGGGGACAGACAGAAGAAAACUAUUAUCUUGAGAUGCUAAACCCUGUUCUCUAUCCAAGUACUUCAGUAAGACUUACCAUUAACUUCAUAACAAUGCAAUAUGCAUAAAGACCUAAACCACGUGGCCUCUUCGUUCAGGUUACUCAAGUACAUGGAAGCAGAGGUGUUUCUGUGUACUCCGACUCCAUAGUCAGGUUUGGAUGUUGUUGGCUGCCCUUACACAUCUUCAUGUCACUCUCACUUUUCUCUUCAGUCACACGUCAUGGGAGGCAAGAGAAUGUAUGAAGAGAAAGAAACUUGACAGUUGUCAAUGUCAAUUUAUUUCAUUCUCAGUUGAAUUAAUUCCUUUGGACUUACAAGGAGGUAGAAUGGGCUUUCCACUCCGUUUUAGAGUGUCCUUGGGAGCCUCAAAUGUGCAGUUGCCUGCCUGCCUUUCCCCUUCUUAGUAGAAGUAUAGAGAUAACCUGUUCUGGACAACUCCUUGGGGCUGCCCCGUCUUCUCCUAGGAACCCUCACCUUUCUCUCCAGCCUACUGUCUGUUGGUUUCAUCCUUCUUUGUUGUUUCUUUUGGCUCCUUUAGAACCCAGUCCCACUAGAUGAUGCUUGUCCACUAGGUAGCCCUGUAGCCCACUCCCGUUUCAGCACCUUUUUCCCUGCUAAGCUCUCUUGUAACCCAUUCCAGACUUGGUUCAAACUCAAACAGCUCGCUGACGAUGGCCUUAUGUCUUAAAACUGCACUGGUUCCAUCUUCCUUUUUAUAUUAGCCUUGCCAGCAUAAGAAUCCAUCCUGUCCACUUCUAAUAAAGACAUCUUUCCCAGUAUUUCUAAUAAAGGUGUCUUUCCCAGUUUACCUUUAUCUAAUUAGACUAGUCCUACAAACUUGCUGUGUAUAGUUAUGGAGUAGGUGUAUACUGGCCUCUGACCUAGAACUCAGUCCUCUCUCCCGGUGUUUCCUGUGUGAGUCCUCGGCUGCCCACCUCUCCUACCAGAGAGACACGGGUAGCUGGGAUGUAAAGGGAGGCUUGGGCAGCAGAGCAGAGAAAUGGAGAACUUUCCAGAACCAGCCAUAGAGUUCUGUAGUCAGCUUAUUCCUGAGUUAGAGAUUGCAUGCAGAUAACUUUUUUUAAAGACAUAAUCGGUUCUGUGCUCAGAAUUUUUUUGUUUGUUUGUAUCAUUGUUUAUCUCUAAAUUUCUGUCCUUUUUUUUCUAGUUUCUAUUCUCCAGCAGCAUUCACUCAGCAGAUUAUAACUCAACAAAUAGUUAUCUAGUCCCUGUUAGACACCUGAUGUUAUUUACUGCUACAUGCAGCACAUGGAUCAACAGAUAAAAACAAAAACAAAGCCCUAUUCCCCUAGAGCCUUACAUUCUAUACUGCUGUCAGCAGCUGCUGCCCUUCCAAAUACCCUUGCUCCCUGAUUCAGUUAGCAGGGAUCCUGAACCCCUGAAACACGGUACACCUAGCAGACUUAGGAACAAAGAGCGUGCAGAACUGCUGAAAAUUCCAUUGCCUAUAAGUUUGUAUCUUUUGCCACUGUGCAGUGUUUUCUUCAUAUUAUUUAACUGUAAAAUGACCUACUGGUUGACAUGAUGGACAAAUGAGAGAAAACAUGUCUCCAUUUGCAUUUAAAAAGGCAGUAAUGCUGUAUAGUUUGUGAAAAUAAAUAAAAGAUCUGCUGAUGCCAGAAAAAUGCUUUCCCAUGACAAAUGUCAGUAUGUCUUCCAGAGUUGUUUUCAUCUCUGCCUACAGGGGUAAAGGCCGAGUGGAAUUAGAGAGGGACGGCCUCCGCUGGACCUGCUGUGGCCAUGUUCUGUUGUCGCUGCUUCCAUAGCGCAGUUACCGCAGCGUAGGCAUGUGUCUUGGAAACGGACACGUUUUACAAAUGCUUUUUAAGUGUACGCCAGACCUUCAAGACGCACUUUUUUUCCUUCCGCCAUGCUUCAUAAUAUGUUGUAUGGUACUAACCCCUCGUGCUGGGAGGAGAGACUGCCUAGCGAGCAACCACUGCCUACUAACACCAAGAGGGGCUAACUAAAACUUCACUUUUCUUGCAAGGACAACUUGUACUGUAUGGAUCUAUAUUAUAUUUAUGUGUUGUUAUACUCUGUUUGGUACUUGGUCUUGAAUGCAGAUUUGAUUUCAUUUGUGUUCUGUGUAGUACUACAAAAUGUAGACUAUGCGUUACUCCCAUUCAAGGUCUGGUAGGUGAUUGGCAAGUAAGUUGAAUUGUAUGUUACAUUUUUUAUUUAUUUACUUACAUGUUUUACCUCAUUAAUAUAUAUAUAUACACACACACACACAUAUAUAUAUUUUUAUUUGGUGAAGAUGCUGUUCUUUGGGUCACAUUAGGCCCAGGCUUUAGUGGGCAUCAGAAUCAAGCGGGAUGGCUUAUAAACAUGCCAGCCUCCAACCCCAGUGUCCCGUUCCCCAUGUGUGAUCAGAUUCUAGGAUCUGUUGCCAGCAGCUUCCUAGGGGAUAACUGGACCUGCUGAGUCAGGGACCGUGCUUUGAGAAGCACUGCCUUGGAACUGCAGACUCUUCAGCAAGUCCCCGUCUCGUUUCAUUUCUUUAGGUAUUUUGUCUCAAAAAACUCCCCAUAUUUAUAAAGUUACAUUUAUUUUACUAGAAAGUUUUAUUGUGUUUUUAUUUAUUUGUUGCUCCUUUUAAAAAUAAGUGGGAAUUUAAAAGUUGUUGGGCCCUUAGUUAUUUUUUUUCCUUUUUUCUUUUCUUUUCCUCUUUCUGUUCUUUGAAGCUGUGUUGACAUCCUUGUCUCCUGUAGACCCAGUGGAAUCUGUAAGUAACUCAGAACCACCCAUGAAUUCAGAUACAGAAAAAGUCAAUAGUAAUGCUACUGAAGAGGAGACUAGUAAGCCCUGUGCCGGCGACAAGGAAGACAGUAGGACUGAGUAUGUGUGUGACAGCCCAACAGAGGGGCCAAGCAAAGACACCUCUGCAGACACAGGCCUCCUCCUUCCAGGAGCCGAGGAAACCAUGUGCCACCAGCAUGAGAGUGAGGCUAAGUCUCCUCAGGCUGCUGCUGCGGGGGCCACUGCCCCUCCGACUCCCAGGGACACACUGCAACUCUCCAUUAAGCAGAGGCUGGCUCGACUCCAGUUGCCACCAGAAUUCACCUUCUCUGCUGGCCUGGCUGCAGAAGUGGCCGCCCGGUCCCUGUCCUUUACCACCAUGCAGGAACAAACUUUUGGCGACGAGGAGGAAGAACAGCUAGUUGAAGGCGGUGAAAAUGAGGUGGAGGAAAAAUAAAAGCCAAGAUGAAGCGAUGGCCUUGAUUGUUCUUUUUACAAAAGUGUUCUAGCUGCAAGACUGGAAAGAGAAAUGAGUGUGUGUUUACUCUCUAUAAGGCUACGGCGUGAAUUUACAGGGUGAAUACUGAUUUGAAAACCUGACCUGAAACUAGUAGAUACCUGUCUAGUCAGAUCCUUUAGGCAUAGGAGAGAAAGGUAAGGGACUUUUUUAAAAAAUAAAUAAAUAAACUGCUGUUUUAUUUGUGGCAAAACUGAUAAUCUUGGCAAAUCUUUAAGUACUUUUAAUAAGACAUGAAUUUAUCACUUUUUGCCAAAACUUUGCUGCCACAAGGUAACUAGGGUGAUUGUCUUCCCGAGCAGAAACAUUUAGAAUGAGCCCUUUCUACUGUGUCCUUGCAGUGUGAACUGCAGCGGUCAUGUUAAUACAUUGUUCGUACUUUAUUUUGUUUAUACCACUCGUAAAACAAAGAGACAGGUUCUAAAUAAAAGUAUUUAAUUACCACAACCGAUGUGUGCUGGGGUUUGGAACUGGAAAGUAGUUAGCAGGGAGCUGGGACUGCAGCGUAUCUUGGACAUUUCUCACGGGUCAUGCAGAGGUUAAGAGGACAAUGUCCUCUUAGGGGACACCCCAUGAUGUCCAAGCGCUGUCACUCCAGCAAAGGCCCCAGCCCCAGCCCUGCAGGAACUAAUUUACAUCAGUUUACUGGAAGACAACUGUGCCUCUGCAGUAGGUAGGUCCUGUGCUGUCUUCUAGCCUGGCCUGCCUUACUAAGACUCAGGAAACGCGUCAGCUAUCUUGGAAAGCAUCCUUGUCCCUUUGUGCUUCAUCGUGAAUGCGUCUCGAGAUGCUUUCCAGAGACCAGUCUUGUCCGCUUUGUGCUGGAAUUGUGUUUUCAAUGAAAUUUGCAGAAACAGUCUCCUUCUGAAACCUGUUGCCACUGUGCGCUCCCAGACUUUAUAGGCAUUCUUCUGUGAGGAAUGUAAGAAAGAAAAACAAACAAAAACAAAACAACAAAACUCAGUUGAUGCUGCUGUUUCAGGAGGAAAGUAUCUGACUUCCUGUAACUUACUGCUUUUAGCAGGAAGCUUACUUCUUCUCAAGGUUUGUUGUUGUUUUUGGAACUGUUUCUUCUCCUGAGGAAAAUCUUUCCCUUUGUCUACACUGUUGGUGAUGUUGCCUUUGCUGAUACUUAGCAGUGCAGCAUGGCCAGAGCCGUCAGUCCCUUAAGUCAGACAUGGAAGAUGCUUAACUUCAAGAGAAAAGGAAGUUUUUUUAGGGAAAUUUUGUUAAGCGUUCUCUUAAUUUUUAACACAGGAAAACUUAGUCAUUUUUAAUUCUUUUAGUCUAUUUUGAUUCAACCAUAGCAAUUUCAUAGAAACCCAUUCAUAAUCUUAUUUGCCAGUUUUUAUAGCAUGAUUCAUCUUUUUGGGAGUAGUAUUCUGACAGCUUUUACUACAGAUACUGCCAACAUUGGUUUUACCAGGAUCAAUCUAGAACUCAGAAGAAAAAAAAAGCGUGCUUUUUGUUUUGGGGUCACUCAUGAAAACAGAAUUUUUACCCUUGGUGCAUCUGCAGAUGGGCAGGUCGGGACAGUAAGUGGUCUGUGGUCACCUAGCAGAUGGGCAGGUCGGGACAGUAAGUGGUCUGUGGUCACCUAGCAAGCCUCAAAACUUUUUCUCUGUUUCUGUAAGGCCCUGAUGUCUGUCAGAUGCAGGGCCAGAGUCCUGGCUAAUCUUUCAUUUGCAGUCCUCUGUGAUUUUUUUUUUUUUUGGUUUUUUUGGGUUUUUUGGUUUUUUGUGCAAGCUAUGCAUAUUAUCUAACUUCAUAAAGCCCUUGUUGUCCUUCUUAAAACUAAUUAAUAGUCACAGCAUCUGAACCUAUUAGGAGUUGAUGAUAAGUGAGUUAGGAAGAGAACACACAUUUAAGGCAGAUUGCUAAGGAUGUUUAAGAAUACAGAUUUCAGACCGUGACGCGACUUGUACUGGUGAUGCCAGCACCCCAGGUGCACUGUUAGGAAGGCUACUGCGAGUCCGAGGCCAGUUGAGCGUGCUCCAGGAUAGCCAGAAAUACACUGUGCGAACCUGUCCAGGAAGAAAAGAAAAAAGAAAGAAAAGAAAACAACAGGUGCCAGGUGUCUGCAAAAAGAGGCGGGAGUUUGAAUCCCAGGCCUUUUGUUCAGAGGAUUCAAGUACUGUGACCUUAUCAUCUAGGGAGAGUCUUCUCAGGAAAACUGUAAUUCCUGGAAAUGCAGAAAGAAAUGUUGGUUUGGAGGCUGGAGAAGUUAUAAAUGUAUAGCUCCAUUUAUUAAAGUAGAUAGUAAUAUCCUACUUUAUAUACUAAAAGACAGUUGCUUGAAUGGUAAGCAUAAGAAAAGUCAAUUUCUGAUCCAUUUAAAAGACUAGAACUUGGCUGGGUGUUGAUAGAAUUGACCUCAGGUUGUGUCACUCAGAUAUUUUCUUCCCAUGCAAAACAUGAAUCAUGCUUCAAGUUGCUAAAUGAAUAGAAACACUAGGGGGAGGGCUGUUAUCAGUUAGCCAUAGCAUAUUGCUUUUAUACUCAAAUAGAGCAAGGAUACCAGAACCAAGUCCUGAAGCCAAAAGUGAGUUUUUUCCAGAUCUGUGUAUGGGGACUUAUUUGUACUUUAUGCUUAAAUUAGAAAAAAAGAUUCAAAAAGAAAAAUGUAGGAAAUAAAAGACAGCAAAAUGUCCAGUAUAGUGACCGUUCAUUGUCUUCGUCAGCUGGUGACUAACUUGAGUCCCCUCAUCUCUCAGGGAACAAAAGCAAGCCCAUGUAUUUAGUCCUUGGACUUAACAGUCUGCUUACAGGAUCACGUCUCCUUUUCUCCCUUAACUCUGGCACGUACCGGAACUAGCUUAGCCUGUCCUUUGGGAACCGGAACUAGCUUAGCCUGUCCUUUGGGAACCGGAACUAGCUUAGCCUGUCCUUUGGGGACAUCAGUUCCUUUGGGGAAGAAUGCACACGUCCCCUCUCGGGGACAACUGGGAUUGAUAACGUCAGGCACUCCUUUGCUGCGAGAUUUCACAUUGCUUGCUUUUUGAGUCGUGUCUGUUUUUUUCACAGUUUCUCUUACCUUCCCCUAUAAUCCGCCGUGUUGUGUGCCUGCCUUCCGCACUAGGCCCCUAAUUUGCUGCUUUUAAUCUGCUGUGGACUGAGAAACCCGAUUGCCACGCUUGCUAGAACUGUGUCUAAACUAAGAGUAAGUAGACUGGAAAAGGCCGAGAGCUUUUCUGUCGGUCGUGUGCAUGAACCUUGUAUUGCCUGGUUUGCUGCUUAGCAUUCUUGUGUGUGCAUUUAGUGUUUUACUAAGAAGUGGCUAAGACAUUACUUGGUUAAAAAUGUGAUUGCCGUGUAUUUGAAAUAUUAAUUUGGUGUUUGUAUGCUGAUGUGCUAGGUCUCUUUAUCAAUGAAUGUAACUGUAGAAGAAAAACCGACUCUCCCCUUUGUAUGUCACUGUGUGUGUUUCAGAAGAAUGUUGGCCAUUUGUUUUGGUUAAUUAGUUUUCACUCAGUACACAGGCUUAAAGUUUAUGUCAUUAUUCCGAAUUCUGCAUAGCAUGUCUUAUUACCAAGAGUUACUGGUUUGAAACUAAACCUGACUCAUUUAGUAAGAACUGGCAGACUUGACAGGGGAAUAAAUGAUUUGGACAGCCCAGUUCUCUAGCAAUGUAUGAAAUACACCAUAAUCUUUGCUAUAUUACAACGGUUAUCAAGGAGCUGGGGAGAUGACUCACUGGGUAAAGUGUCCUCUAAACAAGUACGAGAAUGAGAACCUUCACUCAGAUCCCAGUGCCCAUAUAAAAGAGCUGGGCAUAUAUAUGGCAUACAUCUAUAACCCCAUGCCUGGGGUUAGAGUCAGAAAAAUCCCCAGAAAGUCUCUGGCCAGCCACUCUGGCCUCAUCAGUGAGAGUGGUCUAGGGAAACCCUAAACAUCAACUCAACCUCUGACUUAGCCCAUAUACACACAUGUACAUACACAUGAAUAUGUGUGUGCAUACCCUCUUGUAUACAUGUACACAAAGACACAAAUUCAUCAUCAUAAUCAUCAUAGCCAUUGGUUUUUUGAGACAGGGCUGCUCUAUAUUGCCUACCCUGGAACUCAUUAUGUAGACAAGGCUGACCCUGAGAUUUGCCUGUCUCUGCCUGCCAAGUGCUAGGAUGAAAGACAUGGACUACUACAGCCAGCUCAAAAUGGUCAUUAUUAACACGGGUUGUUAUCCUCUGGUACACUAAACGCCAAGAACUGUCCCUUUAUUAAGUUCCAUUUGACUUGACUGGGCUUCAGUCAUCAUGCGUUCAGUUUUGGUAGGGAUUCCUCCGUUCCUGUUACUGCAGAUUAAGUGUGCGUGAAUUAGCGGCCCUUGUCCGCUCUCACGCAUGCCUUCCGACCUGCUGUGAAGACUAGAUGACUCUGCUAGUUAAGCUGUGUAAGGUAAGAGCAGGCAGAUGCAGAGUGACAGGCAUACUGCUGACGCUCACUGACUCUUCUGAAGGAUUUCUUAUGACGUGCUGGAUUACAGUCUUUGACCCAGUGAAAUUGCUGGGUUAAAUGCCUACUUUCAAUAUGAAAGUAUUGUUAUACAAGAUAAUUUUCCCCAACAUCUUGCCUUCUCUAAAGUUGGUUCUAUACCUGUAACUCUUUUGCAGUGAUUACUGUCAUAUAUACUUUCCAUUUGAAUUGGAAACCACAUGCUGUCCUGAAUUUCUUUGGCUCUCUUAUUUAAGAUAAAUGCGUCUUCAUUUCCAAGACAAAGUAGAUUAAGCCAUGGAAAAUAAGAAAACAAUUAUUGAAGAUAUCUGAGAAGUACUACAAUUGUAGAACCUAGGCCACAAAGAAUAACAUGAUUAUGAAAGACCAUCCACGCUGACAGCAUCUUUGCUUUCUUUAAUUCAGCUAAAGGAAGUGAAGUAUACAUUAAAAGUUUCCCAUGAUUCAUCAGUGUUAACUCAGUGGCAGAAGAUCCACUGUCAUUCAGUAGUUGGCAUGCCUAAAUUAGCCUUCAGUGUAUAAAAUAAGCAAGAUUACAUUUUCCAAUAAUACUAGACUGUCUAGAAGUGGCUCUCCUAACAUCUGCUUAGUUGUACCGUUUAUGUGCUGUGCUUUGCUAACCAUGGGACUCGCUGUCAUCAUAUACAGAGUGAGUAGUGUGUCAGUCUAUUUUAUUCUCAUGCUUCAUGGAACUCACUCUCAUUACAUUCAGCGUGGAUGCUGUAUCAGACUUUCAUAAUCAUGCUUCAUGUGGCUGCUCUCCAGUUACCCAUGUUAUGGAAGGGAAUUAUGAUAUAAUAAUUGUAAGAAGAAUGGUCCAAACCAGUUCCUUGUAUUGACACCAUUGUAGAAGAGACAGUGAUGGCAGACAUGAUUGGUGCUUCUCUCUGAGUAAGCUGUUAGAGAAGCACAAUUCUACCCAGUGCAAUUGCUGUAAACCAAAAAGAAGGAGUUCAUACCGGGGUUUACAUAGGCAAGAUUCAGCAGGAAUUAGGAGGAAUUAAUUUCAUACCUAUCUUUAAAUGUGUGAUCAAAUCUAGGUGUAGUGGCACAUACCUUUAAUCCCUGCACUCUGGAAACAGGCAGGCAUAUCUCUGAUUUCAAGGCCAGCCUGGUCCACAUAGUGAGUUCCUGACUGGCCAAGGUUUAUAUAUAUAGUGAUGAUUGUGUGAUAGAUUCUAAUGCCCAUGGUGUCUUUAAAAUGCAGUCCAUUAGAAUCCACUUUAGUGUGUCAGCAGUGACAUUAGUUUUAUCCCUGUGUACUGAGAUUCACUUAGCACAUAUGUUGCUCAAGUGGAAAUGAUGCUUAGGGUGUGUAUACUUCUGAUUAUACAAGCUGAAAAAUUGGACUACCUGUAGAUAAUGCUAAAUAGAUAUUUUUUCUCACUUAUUUCUUAAGAGUUUCUUAAAAUAGAUAGUAUUAUUUUAGGAUUUAUAACAGUUUUAUAACAUGUCCUAAAGACUGACUACAUACAAAUAAGUUUAUUGUUGCAAAUCUCUUCUAAAACUAAAGUAUGUCCUUUGUAAGUUUGCUCUUUUACAAUGACCUAAACAACUUCUUAGCCCGCUUUUCCUUCCAAGUUAAAUGACUAAAUUGACUCUGAUUCUGAGUCCAAGUAUGUUCUGCAUUUUUCUGUACCUUCUGUUCAAGUCUGUGACUUAAAAGUGCUGAGGCACAGUACUGGUGUGUGACAAUAUAUAGAAGGCUCCAAGAAUGUCACUCCUAUCCCUUAAAGGUUGGUGUGUGGCCCUGAUCCAGCCCUGGAGGCCCACAUGGGUGAGAAGCCCAGAAGCCCAUGCAAGCUGAAAGCACUCCCAAGGAGUCUGGUUUUGUUUGGGUUUGUUCUAGGUAUGGUCCCAGGGAUCCCAGAUCAAACCAGGCCCCUGGGCCUAUCCUAGAACCAACCUAAACCCGUGCAUCAUUCCUGGAACACCCAGAGGAUGAAGACCGAAGAUAACUGAGGCUGACUACACAUCCUGUACUCACCAAGAUUCAGUUCUUAUAUAUGUACCUAUUGUUUAGCAAGCCCUGGCUGGUUAAUCUGUCUGGAGUCAAAAUAACAAUAUUUGGUAAUAACAAAGUCUCCCGAGGCUGAUACCCCAGUAGUUUCCUAUGGUAGAAAUUCUAUGUGGUUGUUAUUAAUUCCCAGUGAGGAGAACUGGUCUUGUGAUUUUUAUCGUCAGAUAAAACUGAUUUAAAUGUCUAUUUUAAAAAGCAGCAAUGUAGCCACAAAACCGUUCUCAAAACAGCCUUCUUCCAAACUGGACAAAUUGUCUUUUCUUAACUACUUCCAGUGAUGUCUAACCAGUCUCUGUCAGCUGUAUGCUUUAUUGGCACUUUCGGAACGGCAAGCAUCUGUCUUCGUCUUCCCACUCUAAUGCUGAGUGGCUCUAAGUUCUUGUUUCAGAAAUUAGUAUGUUUUCCCUGUCACUGGGUCUGCUGCGCAGCAGAGCUCCUUUUAAGGUUUCUGUGGCUCAGGACCAUGAGUAUGGUGAGGUAGUAGAUGGUUAAGCCCGUGGAUUUUGCAGCAGUAUUGUGCAGAAGAAAAUUUUAAGAACUUCAGUUUUCUUCCUGAUCUAAUAAAUAUAUGUUAUGACCUCAUAAUCUAGCUGGCAUUACUAGAGUCAACUGUGUGUUUAUUUGUUUUGAUUUGGAAGACAAGAAUUCUGAAAAUGCAUGAAGACCCAAACUGAAAAAUUAUGGUAAGCAUUGACAAUUUAUGCUUUUGAUGUUUUGUGCAGACUAAUAAACUCUCCAUACAUAAGGAACUCAAAAUCAUGCAUUCCUACCAAUCUUUAUCACACUACCAAAAUUUACGUCACCCAGUCACAGUUCCAAAUGGGCCUGGCGCCUAUUGAGGCUCACCCGAAAAACUCAACUAUUCUACACCAUAUUCAUCCCAUUUCUACCCCAAGUUUAUGGGAAUUUUUUUUAUGCCACAGAUUGAGUUUUGUGCUUCUCAGUGUUUUCUUCCUUGGAGUGUGUGCCUCAUGAACACACUUACCUAAGAGAUCAGCAUUGCCUAGAAUCCAUGUGCACACACCAGGUUGAUGUGUAAUAUGUUUUGUGAGUAUUUUGGGGGCAUUAUACUCAUUUACAUCAUAAAUAGAGACCAAAAAUAGAAAUUAUGGACUGUUUAAUUAGGUUUGUUUUUUUGAGUCAGGACCUCAUACCCUAGGUUGGCUUUGAACUUGCUGUAUAGCUAAGGUUGGCCUUGAACUUCUGACCUUCCUGCUUUUACCUCCCAGGUUCUGUUACUGUAAGUGUGUACCACAGACCUGGCUCUGUAUUUUUGUUGGUGGUGGUGGUUUUUGUUUUUGGUUUCGAGGCAUUAUGUAACUAACAAUGACCGGCCUGGAACUUGCUGAUCUUGAGCUUCUGACAAUCCUCCUGCCUCCACCUCUAGAGAGCUGAGAUUACAGACAUGCGCCACCAUUCUUGGCAAGGUUUGGCUCUUGAGUAAGGUUUUAAAGUAUACUCAGUGGUAAAGCACUGGCUAUGAGGUCUAGCUCUGAGACCCUCCACCUCCAAAGGGCCUUGGGAUGGUUACUAAUCUUUAUAUACUAGAACUUUGAACUCUCAAUUCCCUACCCUAACUGAAGACUUAUGGUUAUAAAAUCUGGGCCGGAGGGUGCUUUUUUGUUUAAUUGCGAUAAAGCAUCAAAAUUUUCACCAUUGCCACCAUUUUUAUGUUCAAUUCAGGAAAUGCCUGUGCCUUUAAUGAAGCGUUUGCAGAACUUUCAAUUGUGCAGGUCUUAAAAUCUUCUAUGAUUAAGAUAAGAGUUCUCCUUCCUCCCUCUCCUUUCCCACAGCCCCUGGCAGGCACCAUUCUGUCUCCUGUUAUGACCGCAAGUUCAUCUCAUUUAGCAUGUGACAGAAUUUCCUUUUUUAGGGCUGAAUAAUCUGCACAUUUGCUAGAUCUUGUGGAUCAUUCAUCGACUGGCGGGCAUUGACUGCUUCCCUCUCUUGGUUAUUAUAAAGGAUAUUGCUAUGGAUAUGAGCAGGUAUCUCCUUUUUAACGUGGUACCUUAUUAAUCACUUUGCUGUAUCGCAUUACCUUGGCAACUAUUUUAAAGCGUUAGAAUUGUAGGCUUGCUUAUGCUGUAUAAACUGUUCCUCCUAAGCUUAAAGGAUCUCUAAUAAAAUCUCAGAUUCCCUGUA